AUGGAUGGCCAAUUGACGGCCUCGACUGUCGAAAGUGGACCACCCGGAACUAUAAGACCGUCUCUGAGCGAUGGUUGUAUUGCCCUCCAGCUCAACGAUCCCAAUGCCGUGCCAACGUUGCUUAAACAGAUAGAAAAGAAUGGUUCUACGUUCAGACUUAAUGAUGGCGCAGCGUCUUCAGUGCGUUUGGAUCUGCUCAAUGCUGCUCGAUUUUUAGUUUAUGCCCUCGAAACUCCCAGAGAGGCUAUGGUUAGACACUGUUGGUCUCAAUCAACGACAUUUGCAGCAAUUGAGAUUAGCGUCAAUCUAGGUCUCUUCAAAUUUCUUGCCGUCGAUGAUAGACCAAAGACUGGCUUCUCCAAAGCCAUGACCACGCCGCGGUUUGGUGAUUCGUAUCCAUGCAUAUAUCCAAUAUACAAGACCGGAUGUAUUACCGCAGGGUGUCUUGCCCUUCCGGAAUAUUUUAAAAAUAGAGGGUACCGGAGCCCAGACGACAGUAGAAACUGUCCGUUUCAAUUUGCCUUUCAAACAAGCCUUCAUUUCUUCGAGUUCCUGCAGGCCAACCCAGCCAUUUCCAGUCUUUUCCAUAAUCACAUGUCCACCUACCACCUGGGCCGCCCUAGCUGGAUUGAUGACGGCUUCUACCCCAUUGAAGAGCGACUAAUUAGAAUAGCAUCCAGCAGCCCAGAAGACGUCUUGAUCGUCGAUGUCGGUGGAAGCUUAGGUCAUGAUCUGUCAGAAUUCCGCCGAAAGUUUCUUCAAGCUCCCGGCCGGUUGGUGCUUCAAGACCUCCCUACUAUGUUGAGUCAAGUGGAGAACCUGGACACAGACAUUGAACUAAUGGCGCAUGAUUUCUUCAAAGUGCAGCCGGUUAAAAGUGCUCGUGCAUACUACUUGCACUCAAUUCUGCAUGACUGGAACGACGAUAAGUGCCGCAACAUUCUAACAAACCUUAAGGACGCCAUGAAUCCUGGUUAUAGUAAGAUUCUGAUCAACGAAAACGUUGUUCCUGAGACGAAUGCGAACUGGGAAACUACCAGCUUAGACAUUAUUUUGAUGGCAGAAUCGGCAUCUCAAGAACAUACAUUAUGCCAAUGGCACGCUUUGAUUGGAUCGGUGGGGAUGAAUAUUGUUAAAAUCUAUUCAACGGAACAUGAUGCUGAGAGCCUAAUUGAGUGUGAACUUGCAUAA